AUGUGUAGAUAUUUUUAGGGUACUUACGAAAGAAGAGAUCUUACUUACUCCAAGUUCAGGUAAAUUUAUACUCUCUAAUACAAAUUGAUAAUAGUAAUUGAAUAUGUGAAUGGAAUGAAAGAGUUCUUUCCGCUAAGUGUUGCCUAGAUCUUUUGGCUGUUCUAAUUUACUGACCCGGAUGUUAAAAAUUACGAAUUUAAGGAGUUUGUUAAGAAAUUUUAUUAUCAGAUUUCAGAGAUACUUCAUCAAAAUGAACAUUUCUUCAGAAUUGAUAUAUUCAGCCUAAAUUUAUUAAUAAAGGAUUCAAUUAGUUGUUACUCUACCCAAAAAGAUGAUGAUUUAUUUGAAGAAUCGAGUAGCAGUGAUGAAGAUAAAACACCUUAAAAAAAAAGGAAUGCCGCUUUAAAAAACAAAGAAUAGAAUAAUUCAAAUUAGGAAGCAUUAAUCAAAUAAUCUGAAUAAUAGAAACAGUUACAGGUGAAUAGAUUUUAUUAGCCAUCACAGAGCAAAAUUUUUUAGCAAUUUAAAAGUAAUGAUAAGAGCAUACUGAAUCUUAGAAAUACUGAUAUAUUAAAGCCACAAAUUAUAGACGAUAAUGAUGAUGAAAGCCUUAAGUUAUCUUCUACCAUGACUAUGCCUAAUCUUAAGUAAAGUGUCUGGUCUGAGAGUGGAUUUAAAACAUCUAGAAAUAAAAAAGAAGAUUGUGACCUCUCAGAUAACGAGGAGGAGAAGAAAGUUAAAAUAUAAGGAUAAGUAUAAAAGAGUAAAGCUUUUUUGUCAGUUGCAAAUAUAAUGAAUUCAAGAAAUACUGACUUGACAAAAACUUUAAAUUUUCAUUCUCAAAAUAAUCUAGGCACAGAAAAGGCAUUGAAAACAUUUUCCCUAUCAAUGCCUUAGCUUGUCCUAAGAAAGCUUGAUUAAUCAGUCAUAAAAAAUAAUGUUUUAAAGGCACGUGGUUUUCUGCUAAGGAAAAGCAUGAAAUAUAAAUAGAAAUGGACCUAUAACUUCUACUACAUUGACAUAAAUAAGUUUGUGAGAGAAGGGACAAAAGUUUUGAAAUCUUUCAGGCCUAAAGUAAAGAUAUUUGAUAAUAAUUUCUUGGAUAUGAUAGAAAUGAGAAGAGCCAAAAUAAAUGAAAAUCAGCAAUUACUUCUUAUACCUUAUAAAUUCAUGAAUGAAGCUGUAAUUAAGACUAAUAAUUAAGCUAAUCUAUAAAAAUAUCUAUGCUUGAGAUACGUGUACGAGGAACGUAUACUAAAUGAUGUACUAGAUAUUUUUAAGGAGGCAUAGUAUUUUGAAUAAGAGCUGAAACAUAAAGUUACAAAUUAAGUUUACUUUAAGGUUGUACUAGAUGCUUGUGAUCUCAAGUAUACUGAUUAUCAAAAAGUUUAAAAUAUGACUGAGGAAUAAAAGUUGAAAAUGUUUGAUAAAUAAUCUUAUUAAAAGAUGCUGCUAUGUAUUGACUCUGGUAGACUCAUGAUCUUUACACUAAAAAAGAAAGAUGAGAUUAACUUACAAGAUUGUGAGGUUGAGCUAAUAUCAAAGCUUGGCAUUAGUGAAAAUAAUAAGUACAUGUUCUAGUUGAAUUUCAAAAAAAGAGGGAUUUUCACUCAAAAGAUGAACAAGCUAGUUCUUGGAACAGAUUCUGACUCUUCAAGAAGGGAUUGGGUAUUCACAAUGUAACUAUCAAGAAAAUUUUAGAGCAAAAUGAGAGAUUCUAUUCUUUAUAUAACAGAACUAAAAAAACUGUCUAUUCUUUAAAUAACUAUGGAAAAAUAAGAAGAAAUGAGAAAAUCAAUGUCUAGAGAUGGAAAGUUUCUCUAGACUAUGAAGAAGUAAGCUCAAGAUAUAGAUCUACCUUUAUAAUUUCAAGAAACGCCAAAGAAUCAGCCAUAAGGAUCCAAGAUUAAGUUUGAUGAUACCAGCAAUAUUAAGGACGAUCUCUAAAAUGAGAUUGAUAUUAUUUAAAGAGGUUUUAAUUAAGAGGAUCAACCUAUUUAAAAGAAAAAGAAAUAGAAGAAGAAGUCUAAAAACCUUGAUUAAAACUAAAAUAAAUAAGGAGCAAAUCAGUAGUAAGUUCAAGGUGGAUAAAGAGAUUAGGUUUAAAAAUCUAGCAAAACCAUAGAUAGUCAUAGAAAAUAAACUAUGAUAUAGAGAGUCAAUCAGACAUCAAGUUCAAAUCCAUAUUUAAGUGCUGAGGAAUCUGAUAAUGAUGUAAUUUCAUCAGAUAGCGAAUCAGAUGAUGACCAUGAUGAAAUGAGCUUUGAUGACAAUUAUGAAAGCUCUCAAGACUCAAAAGAAUCGUCUAAAAAUUAGAUAGCUGAUGAUAAUGGAUUUUAUGAUAAAUCCUCCUCUAUUUUCAGAUCCUAAAUAUUAGAAGAUCCACAGAGGCCUACUAAUAAAAAAGGAUAGCCUAAGCUUAAAAGAGUUCUAAAAUAUCAACUCUUAGAGUAUGAGGUGGUAGGAAAAUCUCCAUAACUUGAAAUAGUGGGUGAAUCAAAUCAGAAUUUACUUCUUAGAUUCUUGAUUCACUUUUUGUUUACUAAGCAUAACAGCUUUGAGUUAAGUUUAAUAGAGAAAAAUAGGAUAAAGGAAAUCGAAAAGAAUCUCGCAGUUCUCUUAAUUAGUGCUAGAAAAAACAAAGUCAGAUAAUCAGUUAGAGGCCCAUUUUAAGCAGAAUCUAGAUUUUGA